AUGAGCCCCACUACUAACCAAAUUUCACAACAAGUCUCAGAAAUAGCCCAGGAGGUAUCCAACCUCCUUAAACCAAUAUUUGAAUCACAAUUUAAGGACAUUAAAGAAUCAAUAGAUGGUGCAGUCCAUCUUCUCCAAGCACACUCUUCUCAACUCGCCUUGCUCGAAACAAGACAGGGUGCCACGGAGGACAAGGUGCACCAGCUCCAAACAACGAUUUGUCAACAGCAUAAUACUCUGACCUCUCUACAAGACAAGUUGGAUGACCUAGAAAAUCGCAGCGGAUGGAACAAUCUCCGUGAAGUCCGGAAAUAUCAUUCCCACCCUCCAAUCCUGGCUUUCGGACACCUUGCAACUUGCAAGCACUGCUGA